UCCUUUGCAGUCCCUCCCCUACCUUUCUUCCUCUUCCUCUCCUGAUCUACCCGAUCUCACGACCCAACCCAACCCAACCCAGAAUCUCUCCUCUGCUCUACCACCGCCGCGCCGUACCACCGUCCCCGCAACCCCUCCGACAAAGUUCCACGUGCCUCGCCGCCAUCGCCGUCCCCCUUCUUCCUCGUCGCCGGGAGAUCGCGUUCCUGCCGCCUCCGCCCCUUCCCCCGCAGUCUUCCGCCGCACGUUGGGUUUCGAGGACUAAAAAAGGGUCUGUCAAGGCAGGGCCGUAAUCUAAGUUGACUCCAACAUGUCGUCGAAGAAGAUAGAGCUAGACCACAAGGACAUGGUUCAUGAUUCUGCCAUUGACUACUACGGGAAGCGCCUUGCCACAGCCUCCUCAGACUCCACCGUGAAGAUCACCAGCAUUGGAGGUGCGUCUGCCCCAUCCCAGCUCCUUGCGACCCUCACUGGCCACUACGGUCCUGUGUGGCGUGUGGGAUGGGCCCAUCCCAAGUACGGUUCAAUACUCGCAUCCUGUGGCUAUGAUGGCCGUGUGAUAGUCUGGAAGGAGAGCACGACUGGGCAAUGGUCUCAGGCCCAUGUGUUUGGCAACCACAAGUCCUCAGUUAACUCCAUUGCCUGGGCUCCGUAUGAACUCGGCCUUUCCCUUGCCUGCGGGUCCUCCGACGGCACCAUCUCUGUCAUGUCCAUGCGGCCUGACGGAGGAUGGGAUGCCGCAACCAUCGAGCGGGCACACCCUGUUGGCGUCACAGCGGUCUCCUGGGCUCCUGCAGCAGCACUUGGGUCCAUGGUUGGCUCAGACCAGCUUGUCCACAAGCUUGUGUCCGGUGGCUUUGACUCUGUCGUCAAGGUGUGGGAGUUUGUGAACGGUGGCUGGAAGCUGGAGAGUUCCCUGGUCUCUGACAUGCACACAGAGUGCGUGAGAGACGUCUCGUGGGCGCCGGUCCUGGGCCUGGCAAAGUCCACCAUCGCCAGCGCCUCCCAGGAUGGCAAGGUCGUCAUCUGGACCAAGGGCAAAGGAGGAGGCGACAAGUGGGAAGGCAAGGUGAUGCGCGACUUCGAGGCUCCUGUGUGGAGGGUGUCCUGGUCCCUGACGGGAGACAUGCUCUCCGUCGCCGCCGGCGAGGGCGACAUCACGCUGUGGAAGGAAGCGUCGGACGGGCAGUGGGAGUCGCUGUGGACCAAGGGGUCAGAUGAGCCGCAGCAGCAGGAGACCGAGCAGGCGGCAGCGGAGGUUGCUGCGCAGUAGGGGAGUUGCGUGAUUCAUGUUUUCUAGUGCCCAUGUGUGCUGAUGAUACUGAUAGAGAUUAUUCGUUUCCACCUGCUUUUUUUUGGUGCGUCUUUUGCUGUCGUUUCUACUACUACAUGAACAAUGUCUGAGAAUCGCACUGUUAAAAUUUACUGGUCGAUCAUGUACUUUGUCUACACCUGUCAGAAUGUAUCAUCUCUUUGAACUGUCAUUUUAUCAUCGUGCGUUGGCUGUUAUAUAUUUA